AUGGCUCUCCCGACGCGUCGUCGUCGUCCCGGUGCCCUCCUACUGCUCCUCCUCGUCGGCCUCGUCGCGCUCGCGGCGUCCUUCAGCUGCGCGCACGCAGUCCGACUCCCCGCCGCCCUUCAGGAUGGCGACACCGAGGCCGCUGGUCACCAAGGACAAGCGGCACCGGCCGGCAGCGGAGCCGUGCCCCUCGAGCACGAGGUCGACGACAAGCAAGUCCACGAGCACGUCAGCGAGGGGGUCAUGCUCUUGUCCUCCGGCAGCGGCGGCUCCGGCGGAGGGGGUUCUCGUUUUAGCAGCAGCGGAUCGAGUGGCGGUUCUGGUUCUCGUUCCGGCAGUGGAUCAUCAAGCGGCGGUUCUCGUUCCGGCUCAGGUGGCGGUUCUGGUUCUCGUUCCGGCAGUGGAUCAUCAAGCGGCGGUUCUCGUUCCGGCGGCAGCGGGUCAAAGGGCGGCGGUUCCCGUUCCGGCGGUGGAUCAAGAGGCGGUGGCUCUCGUUCCGGCGGCGGCUCGAGAGGCACCACGAACUAUGAUGAUGAUGAUAGCGUGCUUGAUGUGCUCGAUUACGACGAUUCGUCUGCCGGUGCCCGCGGCGGCGCUUGGAAGACGGGAGUCGCUGCCACGGUUCUUGCCGUCGCCUGGCUCUUGUAG